GCCGGCAGCCGCCUCCCGCCCACCUCUGUGCCUCGCCGGCCACUCGUCGUCGCCGCCUCGGCCUCCCGCCUGCCUCCGUGGUCCCGUGCCUCGUCGCGCCCUCCCACGCACACUGCUGCUGCGCCCCCGCAGUCCACUGCUCCCAGCCCCCCAGUCCGCAGACCGCAGCAGUCCUGCCCGGCGGCUGGCGGCGUGCAGCAAAGCUUCCCUCCAGAGGCACAGCCUGCACCCUGCAGCAGCCAGCCCUCCCACGAUUCAACACAGUACACAGAGGUGUUGAAGUUUGCAGAUUACCCUUUGCCAUUCUGAGAUCUAUUGUUUUUUGAAGCUGAAGUGAGCAAUUCUCAGAAUCUUGAGCACAUUUGACAACAACUCCUCAUUCACAUGAAAUGUCACUGCUUAGUAGAUUCUUCUACAAGAGGCCUCCCGAUGGAUUACUGGAGUUCAUUGACAGGAUCUAUGUUUUUGAUUCAUGCUUCUGCACUGAAGUUUUGCCGCAUGGAAUGUACCCAGUCUAUUUGAAUGGAAUUCUUACAGAGUUGCAUGAAGAGCAUGCAGAAUCUCAAUUUCUGGCUAUUAACUUCAGAGAUGGGGAUAAGAGAAGCCAGCUUGCUGAUAUCCUACAUGAAUAUGAUAUUCCAGUAAUUGACUACCCACGUCAUUUUGAAGGCUGUCCAGUGCUUCCUCUAUCUCUUAUACAGCAUUUUCUUCGUGUCUGUGAACACUGGCUAUCUACUGGGAACAGCCAAAAUAUCGUACUACUCCAUUGUGAGAGAGGGGGCUGGCCAUCAUUGGCAUUUCUGCUAUCUUGUUUUCUUAUUUUCAAGAAGUUGCACAGCGCAGAACAUAGAACUCUGGACAUUGUUCACCGUGAGGCCCCUAAAGGAUUCCUACAGCUAUUUUCUGCACUCAACCCAAUGCCCUCUCAGCUUCGAUAUAUGCAGUAUGUAGCCAGAAGAAAUAUCUCUCCAGAGUGGCCUCCUAUGGAGCGGGCGCUUUCUUUGGAUUGUCUGAUCCUUCGAGCUAUUCCAAAUUUUGAUUCUGAUAAUGGAUGUAGGCCAUUGAUCCGAAUUUUCGGUCGAAAUCUUCUUGGCAAGAAUGCUAGCAUGACUGACAUGAUUUUUUCAAUGCCUAAGAAGAAGUCCUUGCGCCACUAUCGACAGGAGGACUGUGACGUGAUAAAAAUUGAUAUCCAGUGUCCAGUCCAGGGAGAUGUUGUUCUGGAGUGCGUACAUCUUGAUCUUGAUCCAGAAAAGGAAGUUAUGAUGUUCCGGAUAAUGUUCAAUACUGCUUUUAUCCGUUCAAAUGUACUGAUGCUGAAUAGUGAUGAUGUUGAUAUACUCUGGGGUUCAAAAGAUCGGUACCCGAGGAAUUUUAGAGCAGAGGUACUGUUUUGUGAAAUUGGGGGCAUUUCUCCUCCAAGGGCUCCAACAGUAACAUUGAAUGGUGAUAUGAAAGGUGGUUUACCAAUUGAAGCCUUUUCAGCUGUUCAAGAACUCUUCAAUGAUGUUGAAUGGAUGGAAAGCGGUGACAAUGCUGCUUUUUGGUUGCUCAAAGAAUUCUCAGCAAACUCUCUGCAAGAUAAAUUUCAAAAGCUAAUACUCAGCGACAUGAAAGAGCUUUCGAAGUUCCAAGCUAAAGUUGGCCUCCAGAUGCCACUAAUAUCUCCACUGGAUUCUGAUGAAGAAAAAUAUUCUGCGGCUUCUGAUUCCGGUUAUUCAGUAGAUUAUGAGAAGGUUCAACAUGGUGGGAACUCAUCUGACUCAGAGAACAUUGAUCGUGCUCUUACCACUGAAGAUUCUGAAUCUAUUGCUACUUCCUCAGCGAACACUUCAUCUCCCCCUCCUCCACAUGGUAGAUCCUGUGGCCUUUCAACUGAACAAAGUCUGCUGUCAGGAGAAUUACAGCACGAGUUACCUAGCUGGCAGCCGCCACCACUAUCAGCAGAAAAUGGAGACAAACAUGCUAUCUCGGCACAGGUGUCACCACCAGCAGCAGCAAAUGGAAGCAAACCUAUUAUCUCGGCGCCGCCGCCGCCGCCACCACCACCACCACCAAGUGGCAGCAAACCUGUUUUCUCACCACCGCCACCACCACCACCGCCGCCGCCGCCGCCAAGUGGCAGCAAACCUGUUUUCUCACCGCCGCCGCCACCACCACCACCACCACCUAAACCACCUGGAACUGUACCCCCUCCACCACCAAGCUCAAAAAUCUCAAAUGCACCAGCACCACCUCCAGUAUUGGGAAGGGGAAGAGCAGCAACCGGAUCAGCAAAAGGUCGUGGCAUUGGAUUGGCACUUCAAAGUAACCCCCCAAAGAAAGCUUCAUUAAAGCCUUUGCACUGGGUGAAAGUUACACGAGCAAUGCAGGGAAGUCUCUGGGCGGAUGCCCAAAAUCAAGGGAAUCAGGCUAGGGCUCCUGAUAUUGAUAUGUCCGAAUUAGAGACCUUGUUCUCCACUGCUGUUGCAACCAAUGCAAGUGAAAAAGGAGCAACGAAGCGUGGCUCAGCUAUUAGCAAGCCAGAAAUUGUUCACCUGGUUGAUAUGAGAAGAGCAAAUAAUUGUGAGAUCAUGCUUACCAAAAUCAAAAUGCCUCUUCCUGAUAUGAUUAGCGCGAUCUUGGCUUUGGAUACGUCUGUUCUUGAUAAUGACCAAGUGGAGAAUCUCAUUAAGUUUUGCCCUACAAACGAAGAAAUCGAGAUGUUGAAGAACUAUAACGGCAACAAAGAAAUGCUUGGGAAAUGUGAACAGUUUUUCCUGGAGCUAAUGAAAGUUCCUCGCGUCGAGUCCAAACUAAGAGUUUUUGCUUUCAGAAUUGCAUUCUCAACACAGGCUGAUGAGUUAAGAACUAACUUAACCACCAUAAAUGAUGCAACAAAAGAGGUGAAAGAGUCUCUGAAGUUACGGCAGAUAAUGCAGACCAUUCUCACAUUAGGGAAUGCAUUGAAUCAAGGAACAGCUCGAGGUUCUGCUGUUGGCUUCAGAUUAGAUAGUCUUCUUAAACUAUCGGAUACUCGAGCUAGGAACAAUAAGAUGACACUAAUGCACUAUUUAUGCAAGCUUCUUGCUGAAAAGUUGCCUGAGCUUCUUGAUUUUGACAAAGACUUGAUUCAUCUGGAAGCAGCUUCGAAGAUCCAAUUGAAGUUGCUUGCUGAGGAAAUGCAAGCAAUAAACAAAGGUCUUGAGAAGGUCGAGCAGGAAUUAGCUGCUUCAGUGAACGAUGGAGCAAUAUCUGUUGGCUUCCGCAAGGCAUUGAAAUCCUUUCUCGACUCGGCAGAAGCUGUAGUUAGGUCCCUCAUUUCCUUGUAUUCAGAAGUGGGAAGGAAUGCUGAUUCCCUAGCUCAGUAUUUUGGUGAAGAUCCAGCUCGCUGCCCUUUUGAGCAAGUUACGUCGAUUUUGGUUAUUUUCGUGAAUAUGUUCAAGAAAUCACGUGAUGAAAAUGCUCGAACUGUGGAAGCUGAGAAGAAGAAAAUGGAAAAGGAAAAGGCAAGUAUGUCUACUAUAAAAGGAUCGGAGUGAGGACAUUUCUAAGCCAAUCUUCCAUCUUUGUGACCCUGCUGAGGAGCUGCCGCAGAAUGUUACAUACACCGGAGCCCGCUUCUGCUUUUUGAUGCUCAAUGUAGUACACGCAGAGGUGUAAUGUCAGAAGGCUUAGGCUCGUUGGCUGCGCGUCAUCCACUAACAUGGUUGCUCGCGGUUUGCAAGCUAAGGAACUUUUUGUGAUUCUCACUAGCGGGUGGGUCUGUGGCAAACAUUCCUGAAACAAAAUGCAGGGAGGCUUCAAGCCGCUGUAGUGUUGUACAUAUAGCAGUUGCUGAUACAUAGCUUUCUUACAUGUACAUAAAGUUAGCUCAAGUGGAAGCAAAGCAAAAAGUUCAUGAUUGUUGUAAAAUUUCUUGUAUCAUCAACAAACAAGCAGACUGGUGCUAUUUUCGCAGAGUGCGCGAGCCAGUUAUACAAUGUAUUGUGCCUUUAUGCAAUUAUUAUUAUUAUUUGUUGUUA